AUGUAUGGCGGCACCCCCAUCACUGCCGACCGGUUGAUGAAGCCUUUCAAGUGCCCUGGAUCCGCAACACCCACAAGAGCCUCGGAGAAACCAACGCGCAAAAGAAGAAAGGUCAAUUACGCUGGAGCCGAUGGCGAGGCAGAUGAUGUCGAUAAACCGUAUAGCAACGAGGAUCGACUUGCACUUGCCACGCGAGACGUCAACCGCUUCCCUGUCUUCAAGCCCAAGGACAAGGACACCUCAAUACGUCAACGCUUCUCGGUGCCUUUCCUUAACAAGGAUCCUGCCGCCUACAACUCGUCUCGCCCGCCGCCUCUCCUCGGACUGCGUCAGGGUGCAGUCUUCGUUGCUAAGCCGCUUCACGACCCAAGUGGAGAGUUUGCCAUUGUGCUCUACGAUCCCACUAUCGACGAUAAACCAGUCAAGGCAAUAGAGGAUGCAUCCAAGGAAAAUGCUGAAGAUGUAAAAGAAAAAUUGGACGAACCGAUCAUGCACAAGAGUUUGGCCGAUAUCCUGGGAUUGAAGAAGAAGGUUGUCGAGGAGCGACCUCGGGUGCCCGUUGUCAUCGACCCCAGGCUGGCAAAAGUGCUACGUCCUCAUCAAGUUGAGGGUGUCAAGUUUUUAUACCGCGCUACUACUGGAUUGAUCGACGAAAAGGCUCAAGGUUGCAUCAUGGCGGAUGAGAUGGGUCUGGGCAAAACAUUACAAUGUAUCGCCCUCAUGUGGACACUUUUGAAGCAAUCACCGGAUGCCGGCAAGCCCACCAUUAACAAGGCCAUCAUCGUCUGUCCCUCGAGUUUGGUCCGCAACUGGGCCAACGAGUUGGUCAAAUGGCUUGGGAAAGAUGCCAUCAAUCCGUUCGCCAUUGAUGGCAAGGCUACCAAAGAUGAGCUAAUCCAGCAAAUUCGUCAGUGGUCCAUCGCGUCAGGUCGUGCCAUUAUCCGACCUGUCAUUAUCGUAUCCUACGACACACUGAGACUCUACGUGGACGAGUUUAGAGAAACGCCCAUUGGACUCCUGCUCUGUGACGAAGGCCACAAGCUGAAGAAUGCCGACAGUCAGACUUUCAUGGCCUUGAACGGUCUCAAUGUGCAGAAGCGAGUCAUUCUGUCUGGAACACCCAUCCAGAACGAUCUUUCAGAAUACUUUUCAUUGCUCAACUUCGCCAAUCCCAAUUAUCUUGGUACAAGGAUGGACUUCCGCAAGAAGUUCGAACUUCCAAUUCUUCGUGGUCGCGAUGCAGGUGGUUCAGACGCCGAUCGCAAGAAGGGUGACGAGCGGCUAAGUGAGCUACUGACUUUGGUGAACAAGUUCAUCAUCCGUCGCACUAACGACAUUCUGUCCAAGUACUUGCCUGUCAAGUACGAGCAUGUUGUCUUCUGCAACAUGGCACCCUUCCAGAAGGAUCUUUACAACCACUUCCUGCAAUCACCCGACAUCAAGAGUUUGCUGAAGGGCAAGGGAAGUCAGCCUCUGAAGGCCAUCGGCUUGCUGAAGAAGCUCUGCAACCACCCCGAUCUGCUCAAUCUUCCGGAGGAUCUGCCCGGUUGUGAGAACACUUUCCCCUCAGACUUUGUGCCCAAGGAUUCUCGUGGUCGUGACAGAGAUGUCAAGGCAUGGUACUCAGGUAAGAUGCAAGUGCUUGAUCGCAUGCUUGCUCGAAUCAGAACCGAGACCAACGACAAGAUCGUCUUGAUCUCGAAUUACACGCAGACUCUUGACGUGUUCGAGAAGCUAUGUCGUGCCAGAAACUAUGGCAGUCUCCGACUCGACGGUACGAUGACGGUCAACAAGCGUGCAAAGCUUGUGGACAAGUUCAACGAUCCCGAGGGUAGCGAGUUUGUCUUCUUGCUAUCAUCCAAGGCCGGUGGAUGUGGUCUCAACUUGAUUGGUGCCAACCGUCUCGUCUUGUUUGACCCUGACUGGAAUCCUGCAGCCGAUCAGCAGGCACUGGCGCGUGUCUGGCGUGAUGGUCAGAAGAAAGACUGUUUCGUGUACCGCUUCAUCUCGACAGGAACGAUCGAAGAGAAGAUCUUCCAGAGACAGUCCCACAAGCAGUCUUUGUCAUCGUGUGUCGUGGAUUCAGCAGAGGAUGUCGAACGACAUUUCUCGCUGGAUAGUCUCCGCGAGCUCUUCCAGUACCGACCCGACACGACCAGCGAUACGCAUGAUACCAUCAAGUGCAAGCGCUGCAAGGACGGCAAGCAGUUCAUCAAGGCGCCCGCGAUGCUCUAUGGUGAUACCAGUUCAUGGAACCAUUUUACCAACGAUGGUGAGAAGGGUGCUAUGGGCAGGAUCCAAGAUCUGCUGCUCAGACAAGAGUGUACAGAGGAUGCGGUCAGUGCUGUGUUCCAGUACAUCAGCCAUUAG